UAAAAAUCUCUGCGUAUUAUAAAAAUCCGAAUUGACUUGCGAAGAUAGGAAAUUAAGACAAAAAAUCAAGAGAAGGGUUAACAGAGGAGUGAGAAUACAAGACUCAUUAAAAAAACAGAAAAUGAGGGUCAGAAAAUGAAUGCCAGAAUAUAACAGUCAGAAUAUCGGAGUAUGAGGGUAAAAAUGGAAAGAUUCAAACGCAACAUCUGCCGUUCACCUAUAGCAGAAGCAGUGUUUGCUGAUUACAUAUCAAAAAACAAUUUGACAGACACUUGGAAUGUUGACAGUGCAGCAUUGAUUGGAUAUCACACAGGCAAGUCUCCUGAUCGUCGAGCCAUGUCAACAUUGAGGGACAAGGGGAUAACAAAUUACUCGCAUCGUGCGAGGCCGAUAACAGCUGGUGACUUUGACAAGUUCGAUUUUAUCUUUGGAAUGGACAACAACAAUAUUGCUGAGCUUGAAGGGAUGCAGCCAGACGGGAGUAAAGCAAAGAUUGAAUUACUCGGUUCCUAUGAUCCGAAUGGGGAGACGAUAAUCAGAGAUCCAUACUAUGACAGCGACAGUGCUGGUUUCGUCAAAGCUUACGAGCAAUGUGUGAGAAGUGUUGAAGCAUUUCUACAAGAGCAUAAAAAUUGAUGAUAACAUUCUGAAUUCCAAAAAUAUUAAAUAAAUGAAUUUUUAUAGACAUGUGUGUGGAAUAUACUAUAAAUAAAUCUGAUGCGAUAUUUCAUUU